AGUAGAUCCACAGCUUCCAUUUUCCAACCCCAGAAUAUCGAAAAGACUUUGGCGGAGCAGAGAGCAGCGCAACCACCGCAGAUUAUCCCAGAAAACACUGGAUCUGAGAGAGAUAUCGAGUUAGAAAACGCGGGAUUUCCUUUCAAUGUGAUUUACCGUGUACAAGAUUAUGUUUCGGAGAAUAUCAACUUCUUGUUGUUUGUGCAAUUGUUGGUAUUCCUGUUUAUUCUCCAACUAGUGAUUCUUCAUCGCUCCAAGUUUGACCACUUAGACGCCAACAUGUAUCCUGUAGCGUUCAACUGGGCUGGAAUAUUAUCGGCAUUAAUUUUGAACUACAUCAAAAGUGAAAAGAAACCAAAGGAUGUUCCUGAAUUCAACUACUUGUACAGUAUUUUCUUUCCAUUCUUAAUCAACUUGGUUCAUUACGACGCCGAUUGGUUCUUGGCUAACCUUGCUUUGAACUACUUUAUCGUAGAUAAGUUGAAUCCUAUUUUCAGAGUGUUUUCAGCAGUAGGUUUCUAUGAAGUAUACAAUGAAAGUACUAAGUUGGACACCUUUUCUUUCAUCCAGAUCUGUGCAUUCCAGUACUUGAACAGUUUCGUCUUGAACUAUAUAAAUGACUUCAAUAUCCCAACUAUAGACGAAGAAAAUGAAGACCAGUAUAGGACUUUCAGUAAAGCAGAGAUCCAGAUAAUCAGCUUGUUACUUACCAACUUGUUUUUCAACAAGGACUUUGUGUCCCAGUACUUGCCAUUAGCCAUCUUCCAGAAGUUGUUAAUCAGUUUCAUUCUUUCCAUCUUAGCUCUCUAUUACUUGCACCAGUUCUUGCCAUCCGUGGUUUCAAUGGUUGCGUUUUCUGGUAUUUUCUACGGUCUUACAAUCUUCCAGUUGAAUUACGUUUUGGGAGGUCAGAAUGCUGUAAGUUGGUUAUAUGACUACAUCUUUUUAGACGAAGAAAAGACCCAAAUUCUACAGGUGUGGUCUGCAAUUUUGUUAGUCACUAUUCCUACUACCUUCUUUUUGGUGGACAAGCUUGGCUUCAACAUUAGAAGAAAAAUCUGGCACUUUGUCAUCAUCGGAAUCUUGGGAUAUAGAUCCGAGGUUUUGAUGCAAAAUAUUGAGUUCACCUUGAUCAGUUUGCUUGGAUCGAUAGUAGUAUUCCUAGUCGUAGAGUUGGUGAGGUUCAACCGUAUAACUUUCAUCGGUCAAUAUCUUGCUCAUACUUUGGCCAAGUUCCAGGACAAGAAAGACUUGAAGGGUCCAUUAAAUGUCUCGUAUAUAUACUUGAUUGUUGGUGCUACGAUUCCUAUUGUAUACGACUACAUACUCUUUGGUGCAGAACAUGCUUCUGUCAUCAGAUACAUGGGCAUUAUAGCCUUAGGACUAGGCGACUCUAUGGCUUCUAUCAUUGGCCAAAGCUUCGGUUCCUACAAAUGGAAGGGUAGCGACAAGUCAGUUCAGGGUUCUAUUGCAUUUGUGGUUGCUACUUUCUCGUCGUUUGUUGCUCUUGACUAUGCCUUAACAGAAUACGCAGGAGAGAUCUAUGUUCCCGUUGGUAACUGGGAGAACUUGCUAGUAUCAACUCUUGUUUGCGCUGUCUUGGAAGGCACUUCCAAUCUCAACGACAACUUCUUUGUUCCCAUCUUGUUGCCUCUUCAGUAUGAAUUGUUGAACAGAUGUUUCCCAUGA